AUGGAUAAGUCGUGGGUCAAAGAAGAUAGGGAUUCUUUAGAGUAUGAAAUUGGGGUCAAAAACUUCUUGAUAUUUGCAGAAGAGAAUGCCAAGAAUAUUACGUCAAUUCCUUGCCCCUGUGCACGCUGCGUGAAUUUCAAAAAGUUACCAAUAAAAACAAUUAAAGGUCAUCUGUAUGAGAAUGGAUUUAGUUUGGGGUAUCUAGAGUGGAUUUGCCAUGGAGAGGAGUUCGGUAGGAGUAAUAGGUCAUCUGCUCAUAGUACUCACGCUGUAGAUGCAGUAGAUCAAAACUUCCAAAUAAAAACCAAUGAUGUGUACGAGGCAGCCUAUAAUGAUGGUGAUUGUGAUAAGGAGUCCUAUGACUUCAAGAGGUUUGUUGCUGACGCAGAGCAACCUCUGUUUGAGGGAAGUGAAUGCAUGAAAUUAGAGUCAUUUUUAAAGUUACAAAACUGGAAAGCUAGAUUUGGCAUUAUUGACACGGCCUUCUCUGAUCUACUAUCCUCUGUAGGCUCUAUCCUUCCUAAAGAUAAUGUUCUGCCUACUAAUGCAUAUGAGGCAAAGAAAACCCUUAGUGACUUGGGACUUGAAUAUGUAAAAUACCAUGCGUGUCCUAGUGACUGCAUAUUAUACAAAGGUAUAUAUGAAAAUUUCUCUGUAUGUCCCAAGUGUCAUCUUACUCGCUGGAAGGUUGCAAGGGACAGUAGAGUUAGGGUUAAUAAUCCUGCAAAAGUAAUGUGUUAUUUUCCAAUCAUUCCAAGAUUCCGACGGAUGUUCAAAUCUGAAUCCACUGUAGAAUUAUUAACCUGGCAUGCAAGCAAUCGAAUUCAAGAUGGGUUAAUGCAUCAUGCUGCCGACUAUCUUUCGUGGAGAAACAUCGAUUAUAGGUACCCUGAGUUUGGCAGAGAGUCAAGAAAUUUACGCUUAGUAUUGUCAGCCGAUGGUAUAAACCCGUAUAAUAAUGGGCUAACCAAUAGGUACACCUGUUGGCCUGUUGUGUUAACAACGUAUAACCUUUCUCCAUGGCUGUGCAUGAAAAGAAAGUUUAUGAUGCUAAGCGUAUUAGUUCCAGGUCCCCACGAGCCAGGAAAUAACAUUAAUGUAUAUUUGCAACCACUGAUAGAUGAUUUAAAGCAACUUUGGGAAGUAGGUGAACCAAUUGUUUACGAUGCUUAUACAAAGACUUUUUUUAAUUUAAAAGCAAUUCUCAUGUGGAUAGUGAAUGACUUCCCUGCCUAUGGAAAUUUGUCCGGCAGUGUUAAUAAAGGAUAUAAAUGUUGUCCAAUAUAUGGUGAUUAUACAGUAGCCAAGUACCUGAGUCAUAGUAGAAAAUUAUGCUUCCAAGGUCAUCGUCGCUAUUUGGAACCAUAUCAUCCUUAUAGGAGGCAGAGGGUAGCUUUCAAUGGUGAACAAGAAUUCAACACAGCACCUAUUCCCCCUCUCUGGUGA